AUGUAUGCUGUGACUAUUAGUGAUGAGGGUGACUGUUACCGGUGUUUCCCGCCCGACCCGGGCAUUAAGACUGCUGCUCUAGGUACUGGUGAGGCUGCUACUCUAGGUGCUAGCAAGGCUGCCGCUCUAGGUGCUAGUGCGUCUGCUUCCUCAGGUGGUGGUGAGUCCGCGCUCUCAGGUACCGAGUCGGCUUCGGCCUCCCUCACCUUCACCCUUGACACGGGGGCUUCUCGCUCCUUCUUUCGAGACCGCACCACACUCACGCCGCUUGGUCGGCCAGUUGCAGUCUCUCUGGCAAACCCCUCUGGGGGUCCUGUCCUUGCUCACUUCUCCACUGUCCUCCCGUGUCCGGUGGCUCCCUCUGGCACCCUGUCUGGUCUUUACCUCCCCUCGUUCUCUACAAACUUGGUGAGUGGUGGUGACCUACAGGAUGGGGGAGUUCACCAGGUAGCUGCGUCCGGUCAGGUGUUUGCUGCAGCGUCCAGGUCUGGUCCUGAGUCUGCCCCCUGCUCGUGUCGCCUCCUGUCUCACGAGACUCUCCUUUGGCACCACCGCCUUGGUCACCCCUCGCUCAUUCGUCUCCGAGGCAUGGCCUCCCGUGUCCUUGUCUCUGGUCUUCCCCGGUCCCUCCCUCCCCUUCCUCUAGGACCUGGCCCUAUCUGCGUCCCCUGUGUCGAGGGGCGGCAGCGUGCUGCCCCUCACUCCUCCCAGUUUCCUCCGACAGAGGCCCCGCUGCAGACGCUUCACAUGGACGUGUGGGGCCCCGCGCGCGUCCGUGGACAGGGUCACGAGCGCUACUUCCUGCUGGUGGUUGACGACUACUCGCGUUACACCACAGUCUUCCCCUUGCGCAGCAAGGGUGAUGUCACUGAGGUGUUGAUCGACUGGAUCCGCGCAGCUCGUCUCCAGCUCAGGCGGAGCUUCGGCUCGGACUUUCCUGUUCUGCGUCUGCACUCUGACAGAGGCGAAGAGUUCUCCUCUGGCCUUCUGCGCGCCUACUGUCGUGCACGAGGCAUCUGCCAGACCUUCACGCUUCCGGACUCUCCACAGCAAAAUGGGAUUGCUGAGCGCCGCAUUGGCAUGGUCAUGGAUGUCGCCCGUACGUCCAUGAUGCAUGCGGUUGCCCCCCAUUUUCUGUGGCCGUUUGCGGUUCAGUACGUGGCGCAUCAGAUCAACCUUUACCCCAGGGUCUCCAUGCCGGAGACCUCCCCAGCCUUGCUGUGGAUGGGGAAGGUUGGGGAUGCGUCUGCGUUCCGUGUCUGGGGAUCUCGGGCGUUUGUCCGCGAUUUGUCUGCAGACAAGCCGUCCCCUCGUGCGGCUCCUUGUGUCUUCCUUGGCUUCCCCCCUGACGCACCAGGGUGGCAGUUCUACCACCCCACCUCUCGCCGUGUUCUGUCCUCCCAGGACGUCACGUUUGACGAGUCAGUCCCCUACUACCGGCUCUUCCCCUACCGCACUCCGUCCCUCCCCCCGCCGCCGCUCUUCCUUGUACCAGGUUCCCCCCCGGUAGACCCCCUCCCCCUUCAGGGUCCGGCCCCUUCAGGUGUGUCCCAGGUAGACGGAGUCGAGCCUGUCGAGGUCACUGGUGACUCUAGUGCUGCUGAGGGUGCUGAGCCUGGGGGUGCUGACUCUGGGGGUGCUGAGCGUGUGGGUGCUACGACUGGGAGUGCUGAGACUGGGGGUGCUGCGACUGGGGGUGCUGAGACUGGGGGUGCUGAGCCUGGGGAUGCUGCGCUUGGGGGUGCUACGCCUGGGGGUGCUGAGCCUGGGGGUGCUACAUCUGGAGGUGCUGAGCCUGGGGGUGUGGAGCCUGAGGGAGCUGGGCCUGCUCGUGCGGCGUCUGGCGGUGCUGGGCCUAGAGGCUCUCCGGGUGCUUCGCCUCGGCGGGAGCUACUCUCUCCACAGGAGCUACGCAAGUGGUUUGCUCGACGCUGGAGGCAUGCUGCUGGAGCUGGAGGUUCUUUGGCUGCUGAGGGUGCUGGUGCCGCAGGUCCUGGAGUUGCUCGUACUGGAGGUACUGGAGCUGCUGGGCCGGCGGGUGCAACUGGAGCUGGAGCUGCUAAGGGUGUUGACGCUGAGGCUACUGCUGUCGUUCCUGGAGGCGGUGCUCCUGUAGGUGCUACUGGUGCUGCUGGAGGUACUGAAGCUAGAGGUGCUGCUGGCGCUGGUGCUGCAGCUGGGGGUGCUGGUGCUGUCCCUGCUGUGUCUGGAGUCGCCGCGCGGCCUCGGCCGUACUUCAUUCCGCUCCUUCAGCAGUUUCUUGGUCUCCCGCCUUCUACUAGUCCUCCUCCUCCCUUAGAGUGUCCACAGCCUAUCCCGUCACAGUUACAGUUACCGCCAGCCUCCCCACUACCAGCUCCCUCUCCCUACACUGGUCCUACUGGAGGUCUUGCUGAGCAUCGUGAGCCUGCGUCUCGCCCUACGUCGCCUGUCCGUGCUGCUCGCACUAGUGGUCGUAGUUCCCGUCAGCGUCCUCCUCCUAUCCCUGACACGCACCGGAUGUCUCUGCGUCCGUCCACUGCUCCUCUGCGUGCCCCUUUGCCUUCUCCUCCUGCUCUUCCUGACCCAGAGUCGGACUCUCUUCGUGCUGCCAGUCCUACUAUCACGCGUCUCCUUGCUCCUGUCGUCACCGACCCUUCCUUUGAGUCCACUACUGCGUCUGCCCUUGUUGCUGAGCUCGUCGACUUUGCUGCUCGCUGUCGUCUAGACUACGCUGCUAGUCUUGUCGCUGAGUCUGAGUCUGUCUGUCCUCCGUCCGUCGGGGGUGAGUGUGCCCUUGGCACGGACGUCCUUGAGGACAGGCAGGAGGAGUUCCAGUGUCUGGCAGCUGCUUCACCUCAUCUCGUGUCCGUACUGCUUACCCCUGAGGGAGACCCGGAUGCACUAGACAUCCCAACUCCGCGCUCUUACGCGGAGGCGAUAGAGGGUCCCUACUCCUCUCAGUGGCAAGCAGCUAUGGACGCAGAGAUGGCUUCCUGGAAGUCCACAGGCACCUACGUUGACGAGGUUCCCCCGCUUGGGGCGAACAUCGUCAGUGGCAUGUGGAUUUUCAGGGUGAUGCGGCCGCCGGGUUCUCCGCCUGUUUUCAAGGCGCGGUACGUGGCUCAUGGCUUCAGUCAGCGGCAGGGAGUUGGCUACUUUCAGACCUUCUCUCCCACCCCGAAGAUGACCACUCUUCGGGUACUGCUGCACAUAGCUGCUCACCGUGACUACAAGCUUCACUCUCUUGACUUCAGCACUGCUUUCUUGCAGGGCAGCCUGCACGUGGAGAUCUGGCUGCGCCGCCCACUUGGCAUCACUGGGACUUUUCCUCCUGGCACCAAGUGGAGCCUCCGGCGGCCAUUCUACGGUCUCUGCCAGGCACCGCGUGAGUGGCACGAGCGGCUCUUGGCUGACACUGCUGGACUCGCCCAGGUAAAGUCCAAGCUGCAGAAGAGACACACGUGCAGAGACCUGGGUGAACUGCGCAGCUACCUUGGCUUGCAGAUCACCCGGGACAGAGCAAGCUGCACCAUUACCCUGACUCAGUCACACAUGGUGCAGCAGGUCCUUCAGCGCUUCGGCUUCACGUACUCCUCGCCUCAGGCCACUCCUCUGCCUACUCGCCACUCGCUCUCAGCUCUGCCUUCGGAUAAGUCCGUAGAGUCGAGUGGCCCGUAUCCAGAGCUUGUUGGCUGCCUUAUGUACCUGAUGACCUGCACUCGACCUGACCUUGCAUACCCUCUUAGCAUUCUCGCAUGCUAUGUUGCUUCUGGGAGACACAGACCGGAGCACAUGGCUGCAGCGAAGAGGGUGUUGCGCUACUUGUGCAGUACAUCGGGCAUGGGGCUUGUGCUUGGAGGGCGGAGUCCAGUGGUCCUCACUGGGCACGCAGACGCUUCUUGGGCUGACGACCAGGCUACGCAGCGGUCGUCACAGGGUUACACCUUUAGCCUUGGUUCCGGCUCUGUUUCGUGGCGGGCUAUCCGCUCGUCUUCUGUUCUCGGCUCCAGUUGUGAGGCUGAGAUCUACGCCGGGGCCAUGGCUGCACAGGAGCUUCGCUGGCUCACCUACCUGCUGACUGACCUCGGAGAGCCGCCUCGUUCUCCUCCAGUGCUGUACGUAGACAACAAGGCCAUGCUGGCCUUGUGUCGAGAGCAGAGGCUGGAGCACAGAACGAAGCACAUUGCUUUUCGCUACUUCCUUGCUCGUGAGCUGGAGCAGCGUGGUCAGCUGCGUCUUGCGUACGUGGCCUCUGAGGCCAACACUGCUGAUAUCUUCACUUAG